UCAACACUCAAGCAGGUCACAAAACAACAAGUUAAAGUUAUAGUCCAUUAUACAUUACUAAACAGAUUAAUUCCAACAAUGAUACUUAUGUCAGAUGAUUAAUUAUAACAGUAGUCUAGUGUCAGUACUAAAUGAAUCACAGCUGACACCCUCAUCCAGAUGGCAUCAUUGAACGGAGAAGAAGACGUGAGUCCAGACAUCCACAUCUGCGGCUUCUGCAAACAGCAGUACAACAACUUUAAACUCUUUCUUGCGCACAAGCAAAAAGGAUGUCAGAUACCUUCAACUCUUAUGUCACCAAAAAAUGCGGGAGCCGACGUCAAGAAGAACCUCACCAAAGCCCAGAAGUCACCCUCUAAAAAGCUUAAACAUGCACUUACUCAAAAAAGACACAUGUGCACCUUCUCAGGAUGUUCAUUCAAAACACAGUAUGGCCAAAAAGACAUGGAGAGACAUAUAUUAACGCACACAGGCGAGAGGCCGUUUGAGUGUGAACUCUGUCAUAAACGCUUCAGCCGUCGUGAUAAGCUGAAUCUUCACAGCCGUUUGCACACGGGAGAGAAACCGCACAAGUGUAAGUACUGCCCGUAUGCAGCGGCUGACAGCAGUAGCUUAAAGAAGCAUCUUCGGAUCCACUACGACGAGAGACCCUUUAAGUGUCAGAUAUGCCCGUACGCCAGCCGCAACUCCAGCCAGCUCACUGUUCACCUCCGAUCUCACACAGGUGACGCCCCAUUCCAGUGUAAUCAGUGCGACGCCAAAUUUAAGAUCAACCACGAUUUGAAACGGCACAGUCGGGUCCACUCCGGCGAGAAGCCUUAUAAAUGCGACCUCUGUGAGUACCGCUGUGCCGUGAAGGCCAAUUUAAAACCGCACAUCCAGCUUAAUCACGGUGUAGUCAACUCCUUCCGCUGCACGGAGUGUGAAUUCCAAUGUUCAACCAAAGCCACCUUACGAGACCAUUCCCGCCAGCACCAGCCCACCCAGCCACUUCAGUGCAGCAAGUGCAUUUACUCCUGCUCCAGCAAGGGGGCGCUCAAGAUCCACGAGCGUGUGCACUCGGAUGAGAGGCCCUUUAAAUGCGAACACUGUUCCUUUGCAAGCAAGCAGCGCAGUAAUUUGUUAAUUCACAGGAGGAAGAGUCACGCAGAUAGGCCAGGCAGACAGAAUAAGUCUGGACGAGGGGGCGGGGCUGGGGAAGAGUCGGCCAAACCUCUUAGGUCACGUUACCGGGUGAGAUUAGAGGUGAGGCAAGCCUUUCGUUGCGACUUGUGUGAGGCUUCGUUCGUAAGGGAAGAUUCUCUUCGCAUCCACAAGAGGCAGCAUAAUAAUAACCCACAACAACGUAGUCUCAAUCAGGCAUCAGCAAUGUUGCAAUCGCAAAGCGUUGUCAAACAGUAUGUACAGGAUCUAGGACAAGCCAGCAUUGUAACUGACAUGCCAUCAACCUACAGCAGAACGCAUCUUAACAUCAUCGUAGCGCCCUCUAUUGGACCAGAGGACAAUUUUGUCCAAGCAUCAGUGGAUGUACCCACUGCAAAAGUUGGAACGGUUCUGCUCAGUCCUGAGGAUCAUAACAUGCUUUUGAACCCUGCAAUACAGCACGUCAGCAUGCUAACACCUGUGCAGCACAUUGUUGCCCCAACACCUGGGUGCAGCCUUGAGCACCAGACAGUUUUACUCACUGAUGAAAGCACCUUUCAGACCAUUGAAACUACGUCCCAGACCAAUGGCCCUACUCCAAACUUCAUCACUUCCUGCUCUGACUCCGCUUCAGAUGCCACCCACACCUUCAUCACUUCCUGUUCUGACCUUGAAAGCCUCCAUACACUCAUCCAGGAAGGAGGAACUGAAGUUACGGUGGUAACGGAGACAAAUUCCUCGAUCGCCACAACAAAAGAACCCCUGAACAUUGACGGUACAUCUCAUUAUGUGUCCAAACAAGCAGAGGAUGCCAUGCCUGAAGAGCCUUUAAAUAUUGAUCCAUCAGGGCUCGUUUUUGUUCAAAGUCUUCCCCUGACCAUUUCAACACAAGACCAAGAAGCUAACAUAUUCCACCUUUCACCUCACCAUAUAUUUUCAGACUCCAACACAGUGGAUAUCAGUGACGAUUCAUAGUUACACAAAUAUUAAAGGGAUUGUUCUCCCAAAAUUUUUCAUUUUCUCAACAUUUAUUCACCCUCAUGCCAUCUUAAAUUCAUUUGAGUUUUUAAUAUAUUUUGAAGGAUGGAUGAGGUGUUUUUGUCCAUGCAGUGUUAAUCAAUGGGGUACAUUAUGUCAGCAUAAAAGUAAUCCACACAAUUUGAGUGGUUAAAUCCAAGUCUUCUGAAGCUAUACGAUCACUCUGGGUGAGAAAUUGGCAAAAUGGAAUUCCUUUUUCACUUUAAGUCUUGACAUCCAGCCCAUUUGGAACAUAGUGCAGACUUCAAGACGGUGAUGCUUUGUGUCCUUUUUGGAGCUUGAAUUUUUGGACCCAAUUGACUUUGUUGUUGUAUGGGCUGAACCAUCUCAUAAAGUCUUUCAAAAUAUUUUGUUGGUGUUCCGCAGAAGAAAGAUAGUCAUACAAUGUUGAAAGGGUCAGUGAGUUGUUUUUUCUGUUUUUGAGAAGAAAUGACUGUUUCUAUUCUGUUGUUUGUCACAAAGAAGUGUCAUAUUUAAGUUACACAUCAAACCAAAAGUGGACCUUUCCCAUUUUUCUUCUGCCAGGCAUAUUGAAAUAAAUGUGUUCCCCAUUUUCAUUAACUUACUUUGACCAUUUUAAAUCAUUUGUGAAUCAUAUGGAAUCAUUUGUUAUUAGUGGUAUUUGCUUCGUAAGCAUCACUAUUACUAUUGCUCAUCAUUAGGGUUAGAGAUUUAUGCAGAUUAGUAAUAAAGGAAUAGAAAAAACUGUCGUUAAGGGCAUUUACAUGCAUAACAAUAUGCUGAUAACUAUCAAAAAUAACCAUAUUCAAAAAUCUAACAAUGCAAGAAAACUGCGUUCUCAUGAGAUUAGAAAUGAUCAGAUUAUUCUCUGCUUUUGAUGUCAAAAUGCAAACAGUCAUGCUCAAAACACCUUCGCACAUGGGAUAAGCCAGUAGCAAUGCAAUGCGAAAACAGGGUAAUGGGCAAAAAUGUACCAGUGUCGAUUAGAUUAUGCUAAAGCCUGAAACAAUUCAUGACUUUACAUUUAUAAAGGAAUGGCAUUUAUGUUUUAAAACUAGUGAAAAUGCUCAUUUUUGAAAUUGGUAAUUUGGUUAUCACUUUAUUAUUAUUAUUAUUGUAAUUAGAUCUGUAAUGACAAUGAAAUUCUACUAGUGAAAGUGCAAUUACAGAUAUCAAUAACUAUGUUUUUACUUAAACGCAUUGUCAAAAAAAAGUAUGUGAACCCUUUGGAAUGUCCUGCAUUUAUGAAUAAAUGUAUUGUUCAUUUACAUAUUGAAUAAAACAUUCACAGUGUAGGUUGGAAAAAUGAUGUGAACCACUAGGCUAAUGAUGUCAUUAGAGUCAGGAGUUGGCAAACCUGUCAUCCAAAUAAUGAAGCGAGAUUGUAGGUGUGUGUUAGAGCUACUUUGACUUAUAAAAACCACUCAAACAUUUUGAGUUUGCUAUUUACAAGCCUCUGCUGAUGUGAACCAUGCCUUGCAAAAAAGAGAUAUCAGAAGACCUACGAUCAAGAAUUGUUGCUUUGCAUAUAGCUGGAAAGGGUUACAAAGUUAUCUUGAAGAGCUUAGAUAUUAAUCUGUCCACAGUAAGACAAAGAGUCUAUAAGCGGAGAUGAUUCAGUAGCUCCUCUUCCUAGAAGUGUCUGUCCAGCCAAGAUGACUCAAAGGGCACAACGCAGAAUGCUCUAUGAGGUAAAAACAAAUACGAACCCUAGAGUGAAAGUUAAAGACUUGAAGGAAUCAUUGGAACUGGUUAACAUCUCUGUUCAUGAGUCUACUAAAUGGAAAACAUUAAACAGGUAUGGUGUCCAUAGCAGGACACCAUGAAGGAAGCCGCUGCUUUCCAAUAAAAACAUUGCCGCACACCUGAAGUUUCCAAAGACCACCUUGACACUCCACACUUCCAUGGGGAAAUUGAACUGAUAAAACAAAGAUUGCAGCACUAUGAAUGGCGUUAAAAGGGCUCCGCAUACAAACAUGAAAACAUCAACCCAACGGUGGAGGGAGCAUCAUGAUUUGGCGCUGCUUCAGGCCUGGACCCCUUGCCAUCAUCGAGGGAAAAAAAUCAUUCCCAAAUUUAUAAGAAAAGUUUGAAAUUCCUUCUGAUCAUUGUACAGGUCUAAUCUGCUGCUACCGGAAACGCUUGGUUGAGGUUUUGCUGCCAAAAGAGGAUCAACAACUUAUUAAAUCCAAGGGUGCACUUACUUUUUCCACAUCACUGUGAAUGAUUAAUGGGAUGUGUUCAAUAAAUAAGUGAGAGGUUAUAAUUGUGUGAUCACAUUUUGUGAUCAAUUGAUGCAGAAAAGCUAAUUCCAAAGGGUUCACAUACUUAUUUAUUUGUGUGUGUGUGUUAGCAAUUGACGUUUCUACUAGUGCAAGUGUGAUAUCAAAGAUUAGCACUUUCACUAGUAGUAAUUCCAUUCCUGAUAUCAAGAAUGAGCAUUUUAACUAGUGAAAAUGUCAUUAUUUAUCUAUAAUUAAUAUCCUACAUAUGAUUAAACAUUGAAAGGGCUUGCAAUAUGUUUAAUAUUUAUAUGGUGUUUUUUUGUGUCAUUUUGGAGCCCCUCAUUUGUUUGCAUUAUAAAGUGAAAUUAUUUGAAGUAAAAAAAAACUUUUGUGCCAACAAGGCAAGAUAUACAUGUUUGUAGCUGAAUUAUUCAUUUAACAUGAAUCAACUAUUUCAAUGAUGCAAUACCAGUUCUGUUCUGUAGAUAGCAGUGCAGUCCAAACUUCACAGUGUUGUACUGUAUAGUCAGUACAUUGUUUGCUCUUGGUUAUGCAUCUCUUAUCUCAACGAAUCUGAUGUUUUCAGUGUCAUUUAGGAAAUAAGUGUUCACAGAGUAGAUAUUAAACUUGCAAUCUUCAAUUUCAGGCCAGUAGCUGAUAUCCACAUUGUAGCAGUUAACCAAUGCCUACAUAUGCAUGCGAAUAUCACAUUUCCUGCAGUGACAGUUACAAGAUAAGAUCUUUCAGGCAGUUGUAUAGCUGCAGAUGGAGACACAUGAAAUAUGUCUGCUGCAUUUUGCCUUUGCGUGCAUAUGUCUGACCACCAGUCUCAUAUCAGGCCAUUUACCUUCCCACAAACUCAGGAGUGUAGCUCACACUGAGUUCAUCCACCAUCCUCACAGAUAAAGUAUGUGGCCUCUUCCUCUCGGGGGACAGGUGGGGUGGAGAGCACCUGUUUGUGCCGGUUUUGUACCAGCAACAUUUAACAUUUCAUAAUUUGAUCGGCGUUGUGAUAACAUGUCCUCUUACAAUGGCAGACCUAUUAGAGUUUCAUGUAAGAAGCUUGGUGCAAGAAUACAGCCAUUUACUAUGUAUUGGCUUGUACUUUAUAAUGUUGACUGGGCAGAUACAACAAGAUUUUGUUAGAGAGUUCAAUCUUGGAUUUUAUUUUUACAGUUAAAGAAAUAUUCCAGAUUCAAUACAAGUUAGGCUCAAUCGGCAGCAUUUGUGACAAUGUUGAUUACCACAAAAAUGUAUUUAGUUUCGUCUGUCCUUUUCUUUAAAAAAAUAAUAAAUGCCAAAAAUCGAGGUUACAAUGAGGCACUUACAAUGGAAGUGAAUGGGGCACAUUUUUGGAGGGGUUAAAGGCAGAAAUGUGACGCUUAUAAUUUGAUAAAAGCACUUGCAUUAUUUCUUCUGUUUAAAGUCAUUUUUACAAUCGUUUUAAGGUUUGUUGACAGUAUAUCAUGGCAUUGAACUUUACACAGAUAAGAUUAAUAAGCAAUUUUAUCGCGCUAAAAUCAUGUUAACAUGCAUAUUGUUUACGUUUUGUUACUAUACUUUUAAAACAGUGAGUAUUUUAACAUUUACAAAUUGGCCUCAUUCACUUCCAUUGUAAGUGCAUCACUAGAACCCAGAUUUGUUUUAUUUAUUUUUUUAGAAAAGGAGUUUAAACAAAUGUUUUGUGGUAAUCAAUAUUAUGCCACAAAUGCUUUGGAUUGAGCUUUGAACCCGGAAUAUUCCUUAAUAUAAUGAUUUGUAUAUUGUUGUAUUGGGCAUUUCAUUACAGCUAGACAUCGCAUGAAAGUCGCUGAAACUGGUUGUGUGUCCAUAAUUGAAAGAUUCAAUACUUUUAUUCUAAUAAUGUUUUUCAAACUCAUGUCUUGGAUUCGAUUUAUACAAUGAAUGAAGUUAUAAUUGUACUGUGAUUUCAAUACAGAUGCUGUAGGUACAGUAUUGCAUGCAAGUUGCCUGAACAAAUUCCCUGGUUAUAUAAUAACAUUUUGAUUCUUCCAUUUGAUUCAGUUAUUAGAAAAUCUAAGCUUUGAUCCUAUUUUUACUAUUAAUACUUACAAUUGACUUUAUAAUUGUUUAGUAAUUUCCUCACAGGUAGACAUUGCUUGAAAGUCAUCUAAUCAA